UCUGGCUAGCUGCAGGGAAGACCCUGCAGCGCGGAUCUGCUUCUGGCUAGCUGCAGCGAGGGCCCUGCAGAGCGGAUCUGCUUCUGGCUAGUUGCAGCGAGGACCCUGCAGCGCGGAUCUGCUUCUGGCUAGCUGCAGCGAGGGCCCUGCAGCGCGGAUCUGCUUCUGGCUAGCUGCAGCGAGGACCCUGCAGCGCGGAUCUGCUUCUGGCUAGCUGCAGCGAGGGCUGUGCAGCGCGGAUCUGCUUCUGGCUAGCUGCAGCGAGGACCCUGCAGCGCGGAUCUGCUCCCGUGAUGAACAAGUCACCAUCUUCCCCGUCCCACCUGGGCUCUGGUGGGGCGCGCCCCAGCCCAACGCCCCGCGCCCCGUCGGCAUCCACUCGGGGUCGUUUCCACGCCAACGACCCCGACCGUCAUGCACCGUCCUGCGCCGUCCCUUGGGCGCCCCAGGGGCACCGAGACGGUCACUGCCACGGGUCUCUGCUGCCAUUCGCGUCCAGCGCGCUCGGAGGCCCGGGGCAGCUGAGGACACGGGGGCAGCGGCCGUGCUUCGGCCGGGUCAGGUCAGGGCCACACGUCACACCUGCCGAGGUCGGCUCCGAGGUCGGUUUCCGGGCGCCGCGUAAACGUUCCUGCCGCUUCGGCCCGAGCCGGAACCUUCCUCCCGCGCCGCGGGGUGUGCGGGGCCGGAACCUUCCUCCCGCGCCGCGGUUUCCGGCGGACGCUGCGCCCGCGGACGGUUCCCCCAGCGAGGGCCGCUGCGCGCCGCGGUCGCCGGCUGCUGACGUGGCCGGCCGGGCGGGGGGUCCCGAGCGCCGGUCGCCAUGGCCGUGGACAUCACGCUGCUGUUCCGGGCCAGCGUCAAGACGGUGAAGACGCGCAACAAGGCGCUGGGAGUGGCGGUGGGCGGCGCGGCGGACGGCGGCCGGGACGAGCUGUUCCGCCGCAGCCCCCGGCCCCGGGGCGACUUCUCCGGCCGGGCGCGCGAAGUGAUCUCGCACAUCGGCAAGCUGAGGGACUUCCUCCUGGAGCACCGGAAGGAUUACAUCAAUGCCUACAGCCAUGUCCUGUCUGAGCACGGGAAGAUGACGGACACAGAGCGAGACCAGAUAGACCAGGACGCGCAGACCUUCAUGCGGACCUGCUCGGAGGCCAUCCAGCAGCUGAGGACACAAGCCCACAAGGAGACGCACUCGCAGCAAGUGAGGGAGCACCGCAGUGCCGUGCUGGACUUUGUGGAAGACUACCUGAAGAGGGUGUGCAAGCUCUACUCAGAGCAGAGGGCCAUCCGGGUGAAGCGUGUGGUAGACAAGAAGCGACUGUCCAGGCUGGAACCGGAGCCAAAUGCAAAGACACGGGAGAACGCGUCCUCGGAGCAAGUGUCCCUGGGCCCCGCCAAGGACCCUGACGAGAAGGCUGUGGCGGGGGAAGGCCCAGAAAAGCUUCCAGCCGAAGCUCUGCCCGAGCCUGAGUUGGGGACGUGGGCCGAUGGCAGGGCUGAAGACGAAUUGUCCCCAGAGGAAAUCCAGAUGUUCGAGCAGGAGAACCAGCGCCUCGUGGGAGAGAUGAACAGCCUCUUCGACGAAGUGAGGCAAAUCGAAGGGAAGGUGGUGGAGAUCUCCAGGCUGCAGGAGAUGUUCACGGAGAAGGUCCUGCAGCAGGAAGCCGAGAUCGACAGCAUCCACCAGCUGGUGGUCGGGGCCACGGAGAGCAUCAAGGAGGGCAACGAGGACAUCCGCGAGGCCAUCAAGAACAACGCGGGCUUCCGAGUGUGGGUGCUCUUCUUCCUCGUCAUGUGCUCCUUCUCGCUGCUCUUCCUCGACUGGUACGACAGCUGAGCCGCAGGGUGCUGCCCGGGGACGGCGCGGUGGCCCUCCGGGGCUGGCCCGCUCGCUGGUGUGGCUGCAGGCGCAGCAGGCAUCCAGGGGACAGUCGCGGGUGCCACCCGCCCCCUUCCACUGGGGACGUGCGGGGCUGGGUGGGGAGCACCUCACCGGCCCCUCCCGGAACCACUGCCCUGAAUCUGCCUUGGUUCCCUCCGGGCUUGGAGCGGCCCCUGGAAGGGGCCUGGGAGGCCUCAGGCCGCGGGCACAUGUGAGCGCACUGGCGGCUAAUAAAGUCCUAAUGCCAGCAUG